AUGAAGGUCUCCGCGCUUCUGUCCCUCGUUCCCCUGGCUGCGGCCCUCCCUGGCUCUCGCCCCACCACCAAGGAGUCCGGCGGUGCCUUCGGCGUCACUGCUGCUCGCUCUGGCUCGCCCAUCCACUUCCUGCCCCUGACUGCUUCUGGUAGCAAAUUCUGGCUCGGUGGCAAGAGCCAGACCUACUGCCCUGCUGUCGUCCCCAACUGCGCUCAAACUACCAAUGACACCAUUAUCUUUGGACAGAGCGCCCUGGAUGUCGUGGUCCCCGGUGGCCAGCGCAUCUACGUCGACCGUGCCGGCGCCUUGAGCUUCACCACCCCCCACUCGGGCUACAUUCCUCCCGGCUCGUCUCAGGGCCCCUUCAAGUACACCCCCGGCCAGUCCUUCGGCACCUGGACCUACUCCGGCCAGGGUGCCUCCGGCUUUAUGGCCUGCCCUGCUCCGGCUAACUCCACUGCCGUGGGCCGCCACGUCCGCCGCCAGGCUCCCCUGAGGACCGAUCGCUGGCAGGUGUUUGCCGCGCUGCAGAACGCGACUGUUCCCACGGGCAAUGUGAGCGACUGCCUCGGCUUUGACGCUCUGGCUAUUGGUCUGAACAUCUCUUCUGACCACCUUGCUUGGGAGUACAUCUAA